AUGGCCAAGAUCAGCAACAUCCAUUACCAGCAGAUAUGUGGCCUCGCAUGGUCGUGCGACGGGCGACUCUUUGCCACUGGAGGGAACGACAACCUCUGCUGCCUUUUUGAGGUAGACCAUGUUCUUGGGCAGCGUCGAACGGAAUCUGCUCGGUCAGAAAAUGGAUAUCAAGGGAGAUUUGAGGCCCUCAGCCCCUACGGCGGUAUUGAAACAAGAGUUACACGGCCAUUUCAUUCCCCGCAAGACGUUUCAGGGACGGAAGAUGCAUCUGAAUCACCAAUUGCGGCUGAGAUGCGACCGCUUCCAAACUCGAGCGACACAGUCCGAUAUCUUGGGCCAGGGGCUGAGAGACACCACUGGGACCACGAUGCUGCCGUCAAAGCCAUUGCUUUCUGCCCCUGGAGGCGCGGUUUGGUCGCCACAAGUGGUGGCUCCAAUAACAAAUGCAUCCACUUCUACCAUACGACAUCAGGGGCGGCUCUGGCAACCAUUGCCGUGUCAGCUCAAGUGACCUCGCUCAUCUGGAGCACAACUCGACGAGAGAUUGUAGCCACGUUUGGUUAUGCCCAGCCCGAUCAUCCUUACCGGAUCAGCGUCUUCAGCUGGCCAGAGUGUAAGCAGGUGGCAGCGAUACCUUGGGAGGGCGAGUUGAGAGCUCUCUACGCCGUUCCGUACCCUCGAGGGCCUGCAUCUGACAGUGACGUACAACGAGAUGGGGGAUUUCAAGAGGGAAGCAUUAUCGUUGCAUCAAGCGACAAGAGCAUCAAGUUUCAUGAAGUGUGGUCGAGCGAGAAAGGGGCGACGGUGGGCGGCAGUGGCAUGCUUGGAGGAAGUGACAUACUCGAGGGGCUGGAAGGGAUCGACAAGGAAGGGGACGUGAUUCGAUGA